UGUUUCUGUCAAUUCACUUCACUGUCUCUCUUUUAUAUUUCCUUAAUCUCUGCUACCUGUAUAAGCUUCAUUAAUGGCGCUUCAGAUCUGAAAAUGAACCCUAAAGCUUAACAAAACCCAAAGUAUCGGUCAAACCCAUAGGCAAAAAAAGAGAAUUUUCUUUCUUUUAAUAAAAAAACAUCAUUUAUCCUUGCGUGCUUGUGUCUUCCUUUUUCUUUUUCUUUUAUCCGAUUGUUAAUAAUGCAGAAGAAAACGGCGUACCCAUUCCCCGACGAGGUACUGGAGCACGUAUGCUCGUUCAUACAAUCAGACAAAGACCGGAACUCGGUAUCGGUGGUGUGUAAAUCGUGGUACGAGAUCGAACGGUGGUGUCGGAGGAAGGUAUUUGUUGGGAACUGCUACGCUAUUAGUCCUCGUAUGGUGAUCAGACGGUUCCCGGAAAUCAGAUCCAUUGAGCUGAAAGGGAAACCGCACUUUGCGGAUUUCAAUCUGGUACCCGAUGGCUGGGGCGGGUACGUCCUUCCAUGGAUCGUUGAAAUGGCCGAAGCCUAUCCUUGGCUCGAAGAGAUUCGGCUUAAACGAAUGGUCAUCACGGACGAAAGCUUGGAGCUUGUUGCUGAGUCGUUUAAGAAUUUGCAAGUGCUGGUGCUUUUUUCGUGUGAAGGGUUCUCAACCGAUGGACUCGCCGCCAUUGCUGGUAGCUGCAAGAAUCUGAGAGAGCUGGACUUGAGAGACAGUGAAGUGGAUGAUUUGGCUGGACAUUGGCUCAAUCAUUUUCCUGAGACGUACACAUCCCUUGUGGCGCUUAACAUUUCUUGCUUAGGAUCGGAUGAAGUUAGUUUAUCGGCCUUGGAGCGCCUAGUGGGUAGAUGUCCCAACUUCAGGAGUCUUUUGCUCAACCGUGAAGUGCCCCUUGAUAAGAUUGCCAACAUUUUACGCUGUGCUCCGCAGCUGGUUGAAUUCGGCACUGGCAUCUAUGCGGCUGAGAUACGACCUGAUGUGUUCUCGAACCUGGCCGAAGCUUUUUCUAGUUGCAAGGAGCUAAAGAGCUUGUCCGGGUUUUGGGAUGCGGUCCCAGCUUACAUUCCAGCUAUUUACUCUGUGUGCUCUGAAUUAACAUCAUUGAACUUAAGCUAUGCUACUAUACGGAAUCCCGAUCUUACCAAGCUUGUAAGCCACUGUCCUAGUUUGCAACGCUUGCUGGUACUUGAUUACAUCGAAGAUAAUGGUCUUGAAGCACUCGCAUCUAGUUGCAAGGACCUACAGGAGUUACGGGUGUUUCCAUCUGACCCAUUUGGUGCAGAGCCAAAUGUAUCCUUGACGGAACGAGGCCUUGUUGUUGUUUCUUUGGGUUGUCCUAAGCUACAGUCGGUUUUGUACUUCUGCCGCCAAAUGUCUAAUGCAGCUCUAGUCACCAUCGCCCAGAACCAUCCCAACUUUAUAUGUUUUCGUCUUUGUAUUCUUGAUCCAAAAAUGGCUGAUUACCAGACCCUUAAGCCACUCGAUGUUGGUUUUGGAGCCAUUGUUGAGCACUGCAAGGAUCUGAGACGCCUUUCCCUCUCCGGUCUCCUCACAGAUCGUGUGUUUGAAUUUAUUGGGAGAUACGCAAAAAAGCUAGAGAUGCUGUCUCUGGCUUUUGCAGGAGAAACUGAUAUGGGACUCCAUCAUGUGCUUUCUGGGUGCGAUAGUCUUCAGAAACUAGAGAUCAUGGAUUGCCCCUUCGGAGACAAGGCUCUACUGGCGAAUGCUGCGAAGCUGGAGAGAAUGCGAUCCCUUUGGAUGUCUUCUUGCUUGGUGAGUCUCGGAGCGUGUAAGAUGCUAGGCCAGAAGAUGCGCUGGUUGAAUGUCGAAGUUAUGGAUGAGAAGGGAGCUCCAGGUUCAAGACCAGAAAGCCAACCAGUCGCUAAGCUCUACAUAUAUAGAUCAGUUGCCGGGCCAAGGCUCGACAUGCCUCCGUUUGUUUGGACGAUGGAUAAAGAUUCUGGAUUGGAGCUUUCUUGAGAGAGGUCAGACCCCACGUGAAAUAUGCAGAUAUGUUAAAGCUCAGAAAGAGUCAAUGUAUGAGGUACAUUCCCCUUAUGUUUAAUGAUUAAUCUAAUUGCAGACCUGAUUGAAGCUCCUUACCAUUUGUUUUAGUCGUGGGAAAACAGAGUAAUGAUCGACGAAGAGAUGAAACUGCAGUUGUAUAUCAUUAACCAGAGUUUUUAUUUGCAUCCUCAUUGUUACCAUGAA